CGAGUCACUCGGGCGACCGGGGGCCGCCAUUUUCCUCCAGCGAGGGAGAGUGUCGCGAGCGUAGUUCCGCGUAUCGUCGGAUCUUCGCUUUUUUUUCUUUUAAUCGUAUAAUCGAAAAAAUCGAAUAAUUAAGAAAGUUACGGAGCGUCCUAAGGAUAGAGGCGCGCGCGAUCACAGUGUCCACAUUAAUACGAUCGACACGGGGCUUCUCUCUACGGGGGGAGGCUCUCCGAAGUCGGCCGUGGACGACGCGAGAGCGGCGCGAACCGAGAGGAGAGCCGCGCCGCCGUGUGGACACCCCUCCGCUCUCAACAAGAGAGCCAGAUAAAAAAAUAUUCAACAAGGACCUAAGCAACCGAAGAAGAAAGGAUACGAAGGAACACAGUGGUGAUAGAGUGAUACGAUUUGUGUUAUUCCCCUUGUCUCGUUAGUCCCUUUCAGUACAACCGGUGAAAACGCCACGAGUACGACGAAGAGUUCUAAGGUGCUCGACAAAUAUACGAAGAGUCGCCUCCGACAGGAGACGGUAUUCAGCGAUUCGUGAUGCGUUGGAGGUUCUGUGGUCCUUGUACAAAAACCAACCAGAAGUCGGUGUUGCAAAAGCAAUUUGUGUGACAAAGCAUCAAAGUGCAAAAUCAUAUAAUCAGAUAUUCGAAGAGGCUUCCUUGCGUGCGGUUUAUAAAACUUUUUUUGCGAAAUAGUGGACAUUUUUAGUGAAACUGAGAGUAAGGGUGAAAAACAUAAACAUAGGGGGGGCUGUCUGACCGAUGGACAAACGGAAGAUGAUGCCCAAACGCCCUCGAAUGGAGAAUCUAAGGGGCCCUAUUGCAAAUGGGCCCAUCCAAUCACGACCACUAGUGGCUUUACUUGAUGGACGAGAUUGUUCUAUUGAAAUGCCCAUUCUUAAAGAUGUUGCGACUGUGGCCUUUUGCGAUGCACAGUCCACGUCAGAAAUUCAUGAAAAGGUAUUAAAUGAAGCUGUAGGUGCACUUAUGUGGCAUACUAUAAUUUUGACAAAAGAAGACCUUGAAAAGUUCAAAACGCUACGGAUUAUUGUUAGAAUUGGAUCCGGAGUAGAUAAUAUCGAUGUCAAAGCAGCUGGUGAACUUGGCAUCGCAGUGUGCAAUGUGCCUGGCUAUGGAGUCGAAGAAGUAGCAGACACCACUCUUUGUCUGAUUUUAAAUCUUUAUCGACGCACAUAUUGGUUAGCAAAUAUGGUACGCGAAGGAAAAAAAUUCACUGGACCUGAACAGGUUAGGGAAGCAGCAACAGGAUGUGCAAGGAUACGAGGCGACACGCUUGGCAUAGUCGGCUUAGGCAGGAUCGGUUCUGCAGUUGCAUUACGUGCUAAAGCUUUUGGUUUCACUGUCAUCUUUUAUGACCCUUACCUACCUGAUGGAAUCGAGAAAUCUCUUGGACUCACCAGGGUUUAUACAUUGCAGGAUUUACUGUUUCAAUCCGACUGUGUGUCUCUACACUGUACCUUGAAUGAGCACAAUCAUCACCUAAUAAAUGAAUUCACUAUCAAGCAGAUGAGACCAGGAGCAUUUUUAGUAAACACAGCACGAGGUGGACUGGUAGACGAUGAUGCAUUAGCUGCCGCACUUAAACAGGGUAGAAUUCGUGCAGCGGCAUUGGAUGUUCAUGAAAAUGAACCAUACAAUGUCUUUCAGGGUCAGUCUACACAAUGUCCGUUGAAAGAUGCGCCGAAUCUGUUGUGCACACCACACGCCGCAUUCUACAGCGACGCGAGCUGCACCGAACUUCGCGAGAUGGCGGCCAGCGAAAUACGAAGAGCUAUCGUCGGUCGCAUACCAGACUGCUUACGAAACUGUGUAAACAAGGAGUAUUUCCUUUCCUCGACCGGCAGCUACCCCGAGGGGAUCAACGGCGGAUACUACGCUGGGGCGCUGCCCGUUCAACAGGCGCAUUCAACGACUCCUCACGAUUCUGCACCCCCACCUCCCGGUGGGCAUUCCGUCGUCGGCGGCGGUGGUGGUGGGGGUGGUGGCGGACCAAACUCCUCGGCAGGCGGUGCAGGCGCCGGGGGUCCGACAGGCCCCGCGGGUCCAACGGUAGGCGGCGGCGGGGCUGGAGGCCCUGCUUCAGCUCCCCCUACUGCUGGAUUACCCGGUCUACCACACAGCAUAGUGAGCGAGCCUGACCCCCGGCCAAGCCCACCUGCUCCGAGUCCCCGUUGACCUUGAACUUCAGACGUACACUCCUGCACCACCCUCCGAUCUAAUUUCCUUUAGCCAUUCACGGACAUGCUACAUAUACUUUAACAUACAAAUACACUUACAUGCAUACACUGCACUCUACUAACAAAUACAUCAAAGAAAUACGUACAUAGAGCAAGAAAGAAAAAGAGAGAGAGAGAGAGAGAGAGAGAGAGAGAGAAAGAAAGAGAAAGAAAGAGUAAGAGAGA